AUGGCGGCGGUGAAGAAGCGGAGCAGCAGCUUCAUGUUUUCUCCUUUUUUCCUCUUUUCUCUCGUUUCUUUUCUCUCUCUGAGUGACGCAGUGACGCGGAGCUCCAACCGGAAGGUGACGGUGGCGUUGAACCCGGGCGCUCCCUCGCCGCCGCGCGGUGGCGAGCUGCUGCACGUGAGAGCCGAAGGAGACAACGACACGCUGCACUUCCUGUUUAGCAGCCAGGGGGCGCCGGCGCUGCUGCUGGUCCACACCAACACGUCUUCUUCUACCGUCACCGUGAACUGGCCUCAGUUUGAGGCUCGUAACAUCAGCGGCAGCCUGAAGGUGGAGCCAGAGAGCAGCGUCCUGUACAGCACCGCCGUCGUCUUCAGCAGGCUGUUGGAGUAUGAUGAUGUGAACGACACGGCCGAGCCGACCUUUGACCUCUUCCCGCCGUACGAGCUGCAGAACUUCACGUGGUCUCGUCUGAACCUGUCGGGUCCGACCGCUCUGCUCUGCGGCGCCGCCGCCGGCCCCGCCUUCGCCGGCGGCUCGCUGUGUGUGCAGCUGUCGGUGUUUGGAUCCGAGGGGCGUGGCCAGUCUUGGCCCCGCCUCCUGCACACGGCUGACUCCGCCCAGCUCGCCGUGUGGCUGGACGGCGUGUUGCCGCGGGCGACUCGUUCCAGGUUCCUGUUGGAGCUGCAGACCGUGGGCGGGGCUUAUCCUCCGGACCGCGUCGAGGUUCAUCGAUCGAUCGACGACGAGUUCACACCCUCAAUAUUCAAGGUGUCCCGCUGGCUGUCGGUGGAGAACGGGUCCUCUGAGGUUCUGGGGUUCCUGCAGUGGAAGCCGGUGGCGUACCGGCGUGCGGCGCCGGCGCUGGAGGACGCCACGCCGUGCCGCCACUCGGAGCCGCAGCCUCGGAGCGGCGCGGCGGCGGCGGAGGCGUCCGGUCUGGUGCUGGCGUUCUACGAGGCGCCGCGGGCCUUCGGGCUCAACGUGAGCUUCGGACUCGCCGGAGAACCGUUCUACAACAGCACCAAGUUCUUCAGCUGGACGGUGCUGCUCGGCACCGGCGACCCGCCCGUGGACUCCUUCUCGCCGCUGGUGCUCGCCAUGAUGGCGGUGGGCCUGGGCACGCCGCUGCUGCUGCUGCUGGUGGGCGGAGUCUGCGUCUGCGUCCUGAAGAGGGCGGCGGCCUCGGCCUCAGCGGCGGCCUACGAGCCAAUCAACUGACGGAAUCCAGAUUUGUUUUUAAAGACUCUGAGAUGAUGACAUCACAGUCCGACCGGCCAAUCAGGUCCCAGGACUCGUUUUUAAACUUUUUUUAUUUUCUUUUUAUGUUUUUAAUGGAAACAAAAUAAGACUUUAAAUUAUUUUAAUGAUUUUUAUGGUGAUUAAAUGUCAACAUCAAGUUUGCAUCUGAUGUUUUAUCAACAAUAAACAACAACACCUUA